UUUUAACUGCAGCUUGGAACCAGCUCUUGACUUGCGGCUUUUAGAGGAGGAACUGGGCUGAUCGACAAGAAGGAUGGGCUGUGUGAAAUCCAAGGAAUUCAGCUUGCCUGGCAAGGUCUGGAGGGCCAACUCCGGCACCAGCCUCCAGCACCCUUAUGUGAAAGAUCCCACCACGAUUUUGAACCGCGUAAAACUCAAGGGCAACAAGCCACCCAGCAUGCCGCAGCCCCUGGAAACUGAUGGCUCAGAGGAUUUCAUCGUCCUGGCCCUUUAUGACUACGAAGCCAUCCACAACGAGGACUUGAGCUUCCGGAAGGGGGAGCACCUCAAAGUCCUCGAGGAGUCAGGAGACUGGUGGAGAGCGAAGGCGCUGUCAACAGGAAGGGAAGGCUACAUCCCCAGCAACUAUGUCGCACGAGUGAACUCACUGGAGACCGAGGAGUGGUUUUUCAGAGGCGUCAGCCGGAAAGAUGCUGAGCGACAGCUGCUGGCUCCCGGGAAUGUGAUUGGCUCUUUCAUGAUCCGAGACAGUGAGACAAACAAAGGGAACUACUCUCUGUCUGUGAGAGAUUUCGACAACCAGAACAAGAUGGAUAUCGUGAAGCAUUACAAGAUCCGGACGAUGGACAGCGGCGGCUUUUAUAUCUCCCCGCGCAACAGCUUCAACACCCUGCACGAACUGGUCAGCCACUAUAAGGGACAGAGCGACGGGCUGUGCCAAAAACUGUCUAACCCGUGCGUAACACCGAAACCUCAGAAACCUUGGGAGAAAGAUGCCUGGGAAAUCCCCCGGGACUCGUUGAAGCUGGAGAAGAAGUUGGGAGCUGGGCAGUUUGGGGAAGUCUGGCUGGCCGUCUACAACAAGCACACCAAAGUAGCCGUGAAGACCAUGAAGCCGGGGAGCAUGUCCGUGGAAGCGUUCCUGGAAGAGGCCAACAUCAUGAAGACCCUGCAGCACGACAAGCUGGUGAAGCUGAACGCCGUCGUCACCAAGGCGGAGCCCAUUUAUAUCAUUACCGAAUUCAUGGAGAAAGGCAGCUUGCUGGACUUCCUGAAGAGCGAUGAAGGGCACAGUCAGCCGCUCCCAAAACUGAUAGACUUCUCUGCCCAGAUAGCAGAAGGCAUGGCUUUUAUUGAGCAGAGAAACUACAUCCAUCGGGAUCUGAGAGCUGCCAAUAUCUUGGUGUCGGGAAUGCUGGUGUGCAAGAUUGCCGAUUUUGGCUUGGCCAGAGUGAUUGAAGAUAACGAAUACACUGCCCGGGAAGGUGCCAAGUUCCCCAUCAAGUGGACGGCGCCUGAAGCCAUCAACUAUGGCUGUUUCUCCAUAAAAUCGGACGUCUGGUCCUUUGGGGUCCUUCUGAUGGAGAUCAUCACAUAUGGACGGACCCCCUAUCCAGGGAUGUCGACACAGGAAGUGAUGCGCGCCAUCGAGCGCGGCUACCGGAUGCCCCGGACCGACGGGUGCCCGGAAGAGCUUUACGAGAUUAUGAUGCGGUGCUGGGAGAACAAGCCGGAGGAUCGCCCGACCUUUGAGUACAACCAGAGCAUCCUGGAAGAUUUCUUCACGGCUACGGAAAGUCAGUACCAGCAACAGCCCUAGGACGGAGGGGAACGCGCGAGCGGAAGGAAAA